UCUGCUCACGGCGCUGCUCAGAUUGAGGACUCGAGUUUUUUUUCUGGAGACUGACUGAGGGAGUGUGUGUUUUUCUGGAGGAGAACCGAGAGAGAGGCCACGUUUUUUCUGGAAAAGUUCCCCCCACACGUAUCUUCGGACCUCGCUACAGAUUGACCCGUCACCAUGACAACAGAAGUGGGAUCUGAGACAGAGGUGAAGGAGAAAGCAGAGGAGUCAGCUGCUCAGCCGGACCAAACGGAGAAGGCAACAGAGGAAACCCAGGAAGUAGUGAGCGCGGAGGGUGACGAGAAGGAGAAAGAAAAGGAGAAGGAGAAAGAGGGGAAAGGGAUCUCUCGAUACCUGCCAACAUGGCUUAAGAAGCAGAAGUCUCAAACACAGACCUCUCCAACCAAGGAGGUGCAACCCACAGAGGAAGCCAAUACCACUGUGGAACAGGAAGAGGAGGGGCCUGCCCCAGAAGUUAACGGUCACGCAGAGGAAGUGGAAGAGAAGGAGGCAGUAAAGUCGGAGCAACUGAAAGAAAAAGAAGCAGAAUCUCACUCCAACGCCAGCGCAGACACAGAGCCUGCCAAGGAAGAGAAGGUGGACGAAAGUGCAGAGAAAAGUCCUGAAGAGACCAAGGAGACAACAGAGGGAGAUUGCGCAGAGGAGGAGGAGGAGAAGAAGGAGCAGGAAGGAGAGGUGCAAGGUGAAGGAGAGGAAGGCCAGACCUCCAUUUUUCAGUCACCUCUUCGUCUUGUGAGGAAGACCAAGAUGAAACUGGUGGUCUGUCAUGUGAGCCUACUGGACGGGACUGACUUCACCUGUGAGGUGGAGAAACGUGCAAAGGGCCAGUACUUAUUUUUUAAGGUGUGUGAGCAUCUUAAUCUAAUGGAAAAAGACUACUUUGGACUGACUUACAAGGACAGCCAUGAACAGAGAUGUUGGUUGGAUCCCACUAAGGAAAUCAAGCGGCAGAUACGUAGUAACAACUGGCAGUUUUCAUUCAAUGCCAAGUUCUACCCUCCAGACCCCUCACUGCUCACUGAAGACAUUACCAGGUACCUGUUGUGCCUGCAGCUCCGUGAAGAUGUGGCUUCUGGUCGACUGCCUUGCUCCUUCGUUACUCACGCCCUCCUGGGGUCAUACACAUUGCAGGCAGAAUUUGGUGACUUUGAACCGGAGCAGCCUCGCCCCCUGGACAACAUUGGCCAGCUCACCUUUGCGCCCAAUCAGAACAAAGAGAUGGAGGAGAAGAUAUUUGAACUCCACAAGUCUCACAGGGGAAUGACACCUGCACAGGCUGAUGCCCAGUUUCUAGAAAAUGCCAAGAAACUAUCUAUGUACGGAGUGGACCUGCACCAUGCUAAGGAUUCUGAGGGUGUGGACAUCAUGCUUGGUGUGUGUGCCAACGGACUCCUGGUUUACAAAGACAGACUUCGGAUAAACCGUUUCGCUUGGCCCAAAAUACUGAAGAUUUCAUACAAGAGGAACAACUUCUACAUCAAGAUCAGACCAGGAGAGACGGAGCAGUUUGAGAGCACGGUGGGAUUCAAACUCCAGAACCAUCGAUCUGCCAAAAAGCUGUGGAAAGUCUGCGUUGAGAAUCACAGUUUCUUCAGGUUAAACGCACCAGAGCCUCCUACCAAGGCCCGCUUCUUGACUCUGGGCUCCAAGUUCCGCUACAGCGGACGCACCCAGGCCCAGACCCGCGUGGCCAGCUCCCUCAUAGACCGACCCGCACCCAACUUUGAACGCACCUCAUCGAAACGCAUCAGCCGCAGUCUGGACGGAGCCCCAAUGAUCAGCAUAACUGAGGCUGGAAGGGACACAGCUGAGAACGGACGUGAGCCACACCUGGAGCUCCACUCUGAUUCAAAGAGUCCAUUGAGAGUGCAUGGGGCCAAUAUUUAUGUGAGGCACAGUAAUUUAAUGUUGGAGGACCAUGAUAAGACCCAAGACGAGGUUCUGAAACAUCAAGCUAGCAUUAGCCAGCUAAAACGCUCCUUUAUGGAGGCGCCACCUCCCUCUCCUCCUCAGCUCAACCAGUGGGAGAAACGUCUCACCUCCUCCCCCGCCACAACAAUACGUGUUCAACAGCAACAAGUGGUGAGUGUGCCCGAUGUGGAAGCGGCUGCGGCUGAUAGUUCGAUCCCUGAUACCAAAGAACCUGCAAAGACGGCCGAAGUCGAAAUCGAAGAAAUCGUUGUCGUGGAAGAGGUUUCCAAAGCAACCAAACCGGGAUUUGUCACAGUUACUGCCAGUUCUCCUGCUGUCCCAACCACAGAGCAGGAAACAAGAGAACAGGAAGUGAAGGUUGAGGAAAAAGUAGUGGUGACACAGGAAGCUAAAGCGGCGAAGCAGGCGAUCGUUUCAUCUGAAAGUGAGAGCGAGGACGAAGCAGAGUACCACCCAAAUGUCCCUGUGUCCAUCUCUCAUACACAAAUACUGGAGGAGAAAGAAGAAGAAGAGGAGGAAGACCAGGUUGACAAACAGGAGGACAAGACAACGGAGCAGGACACUCCAGAAGUUUCCUCCCCGCCAGCUGAUGUCCUUCAGCCUGCAGAAGAAACCAGCCGAGCGGUAGAGGAGUCAGAGGCAGGGGACAAGAACGCAGAGGAGGAGAAAGAUAGUGAGAGGGAGACGGAGGAAAGCACCAACGAUCUGAUGACAGCACCAGGCGAAGCUCCUAAUGGCCUCCACGCAACUGAGGAGGACGUGAGCGGGUUGGCCACCCACCCAGACGAGGAGGUGGAGCCCAAAAUGAACGGACAAGCCUCAUUGGCUGAAGCAGAACCCCGGCCACAGGUUAUUUGUUGCUCUGAGCCACCUGUGGUAAAGACAGAAAUGGUGACUAUAUCAGACACCUUCGCAGCCCAGAAAACUGAGAUAGCCACAAAAGAAGUGCCCAUCGUACACACGGAAACCAAGACCAUCACUUACGAAGCUGCACAGUUGGAUGGAAACGGCGACGGUGAGCCCGGAGUGUUGAUGACUGCUCAGACUAUCACCUCUGAAUCUCUGUGUACUACCACAACCACACACAUUACCAAGACGUUAAAGGGCGGCCUAUCAGAGACGAGGAUUGAGAAACGCAUCGUCAUCACUGGCGACUGCGACAUCGACCACGACCAGGCACUGGCCCAGGCCAUUAAGGAGGCCAAAGAGCAACAUCCUGACAUGUCUGUUACCAGAGUGGUGGUUCAUAAAGAAACUGAACUGGCGGAGGAGGAGGAUUGACUGAACUGAGAGCUGAAGGGCCCAUCAUGACUGUUCUCCUCUGUUGACGUUGAACGACCUUCAUCACCCGACGACGACCGACCUUGACUGACCGAUGAGGAGGAGCUGAAGAGCAUGAGGAAGAGAAAAACGGAUGGAGAGAAGUCACCAGUCUUUUCUAACAUUUCUGUGGUGCAUCUAAAUCCCUCACUCCAAAAACCAAGUAAAAGGAAAAAAAAAUCAUCUCUUCACUCUUCCCGAGGGAACAAAAACAAAACCACUUUGUUAGAUUAACAUUUGUAGCGUGUUUUUAUUUUUUAAUAGAGCCUUUUUUUUUUUCUUUAACUGAUUUGUUUUACAAAAAGAGAGAAGAUAGUGAGUCUGUCAUAUAUUGCGAAAACUAGGAUUUUUAGGGAUGCACUGAUAACCAGGUCUGGUGACACACAGCUAAUAUACUGUAUCAUUGUACUGAAUAUUUCACCAGUACCAGUGACUGUCAACGAAGCUGCAAGAUUCAAAGCAAAUUUGAGAUAUUUCUACAAACAGGAAGCUUUCGAAUGGAGACAGUUUUUUUUUUUUAAAUCUUUUUCUUAAUUUGUAUUUACCUGAAAAGUAAAUUGACACUGAGGUUCUGUGCUUGGAAUCUGUAUCAGCAGAGUUAACGUGGUUUUGGUGCAUUCCUAAACAAGACAAAAGGUUAUUUGAUAUUUCACAGCUCCCUCCCUCACCUCUUUAAUCGGUGAGUAACACAAUGUAACUCAGUCCUUUCUAAAGACUUUACAGUAACAACUACAGCUGCAAGAAUCACGGAGACACAACUUGGUUUGAAACUCUUUAUCAAAACGUAACACAAACAAACUGUAUCACUCACUGUAACACAACCAUGGUCAGAGUCAGAUUAAAGAAUUCAACCGUGUCACAUUAUCACCUUUUGUUUCUAAUAAUGACAGAAACUAGGGAGCUGUUAGGUAAAAUAUCGCAGCAAAAAAACAGUCAACCAGUAAUUUUCUUUUCUUUUUUUAUUCUGUCUCUUGUUCUGUAAGUAUAGUUCUUAUUCAUCCACAUUCCUUGUGUGUCGACCAGCGGCUGAGUGAGUUCACUUUCAUCGAGACAUUUUUACAUUUACAGCAGGUGAAUGAAUCUUAAUUGAGCAGUUGGACGUUUAUAAUACAUUUUUACUGAAAGGAAAUUAGAACCGAAAGUGAACUGACUGAAACGCCGGUGUAUACAACUUUCUGAACAGUAAAACUCAAUGAAGGUUUAAUAAUGGGAGCCGUAAUCCAGAUUUUAAUUAGCUCAACGCUCUCCCUGGGGCCCGCCCACUGUACUACACUGACCAUUCCUGCUGGGCCGCAGGGGAGCGAGGGAGCAUACUGACUCUUGAUUGGGAGAGAGAGAGGACCAGUGAACAGAGGGGAAAUUGGGAGAUGGAAGAGGCGCCGCGCAUCGUCUACAUGGGAGUGAAAAAUAAUUUUAUCACUGGUGCAUGUCGGCCACUUUUUAUUUGUUUUUUUUGCAUCCUGCAGUGAGUUAAAGCUGUUAUAAUAUUAUUGGGACGAUGCUUAACACACAUUUAAUAAUUCAAAAGGAGUUUUGUGCUACAGCCGGAAGAGGUACCAAAAUGAGGACACGCAGCAGGAACAACUUGAAACCAGUGUCUGUGCCCAAUCGAGAAAAUGUCUACCAGUUCGUUAGCUCUGCACUUCAUUUCACUCCCGGUUUCUUUUUUUUGUUUUCGUACCAACAAAAUCUGCAAAAACACAGCAACAUCUGGAAUUGAAUUCGGCAUCUCUUCGUGUUUUAACCUUUGCGCGAGUUUAGAUAGAGGCCACUGUGUCGACUGGUUUGAGAGUGUGUAGUUAACAGAUAAUCUCGGCUCAUACAGCAAGUCUAGAUCCGAUUAUUUUCGACGUGGUGCUCGCUGUGUUGUAACCUAUUGACCGCAACAAAAUCAUUCUGCCGUGGUAAUGUGAUUUUAUAUACGUUUCAAUUUCAAUACUUACAUUUGUCUCCCACACAAGCAACACUCAGAGUCUCCCAGUGCACUACACAAACGGAUACAGGCGGAAACAGUUACAGCACAAACAGUAAAACGCAGCUGAAAGGGAAGAGGGUACCAGAGGGGUUGAAGUGCUUUGGAAACCUUCUGAAUGGAAUCUCAUGAUGUUUUAUUCAUUUCCUGUGUCCUUUUCACCCACAUGUGCAUCUGAAUUCCACAAAUGUGACCGUGUUAUAAAUAUUGGUGGCAUUAAAUGGGUUUGAACGAGAAACCUGGUCUGCUGCGUUUAGUCCGACCCGGAUUUGUGUGAGCAGCGAAAGGAUUCUGCAAAAAACCUGAUUGAUUUGUGAACAAAGACGUGGUACAGAUUUCCAAAAACAUUCCACCUGGACCCGCCUAGAUCUCUCUGAACCCUCCAUUCUGGAUAUAGUGGCAUUUUACAUUAGAUUCAACAGGAUCUGUUUUUAAAUGAAGACAUAUUGACAUUUGAAGUAGCGCGUACCUCUCAAUUUGAAAACCUUUCAAACUUCCUCCAGAUGACGGAGCGGUGAAGACGGUCUAGGCCGGGAAACACCAGUUUGACCUCUGAUUUGCAGUUCAAUGACAUUCCACAUGAGGGCGAACCUUUAACCUUUAGCCCUCUUGCAAAGAGACAAAGUGGCAGAGGAAGAAAUAAAUGUGUAACGCUGGGCAGCUUUGUAAGCUUUCACUGUUUAAACAUCAGAAGCUUUUUCUCAUCAUUUUUCUUUUUUUUUUUCUGUGAAACUGAUCUAGAUGUUGAAAGGGCGGGAUUUGUUGUACCCCCCCUGUUGAAUAUUUAUGAGAUUGUCACAUCGUGUUUUAUUGGGAUCACUGAAGGAGCACCAUUACAAAUCAAAUGUUCUGCCACCAUUUCCUGCUCUUUCUUCCUGUUUUGCUUAGAGCCACAGAUUGAGCCUCCUCUCGGGCGUCUGGGCUCUCGUCUGUCUGGUCACAGGAGCUGUGGGGCGGCGAGGUUGUUUUUUCUAAAAUGUUUGCACGAGUCAUUUUAAUGCGAGAAAAAAAAAAACGGCUGCAUCAGACAGUAGUUACCACGGCAACGCCACAAUGGAACUCGUGGAUAAGAAACCGAUGAUUCUACGCCAGCUGAUUUUUAAACUGUCAGGGAACUCAACGUCAUGGAGCGCGUCGUGUGGUCCGAUGAAACACAGGUUUCUCAAUUGGCUUCGUUUCUUUACAUUCAAUCUCAGGCUUUAUUGAACAGUUUGGACAAAUGAGAUAAAUUUACAGUCUGUUAAAACCAGCAUCAUUUUGUAUUUUUAACAAAGUAAAAAAAACUCACUUAUAACAAAACUUUAUAUAGGAAACAAAUUUUGGAAAAAGCAACCCGCUCCCUCCUUGCGCUCUCGUAGCACAACCAAUGAUCACUGGUAGGGUUUUUUCUAUCUAGCCGCUUAACUGUCUUGUCUCCCCACACAGCCACUCCUCCCCCGUGUAACACUGUUUGAAUAAAGGAUUGUUAUACUCUCA